GUGUGUCUCCGUCCGUAUCCCUGCAGCAUCACUGCACAUCUGCAGCACUAAUUACACUCUCAACACAUCCUCGAGAGAGCGAUGCACAGAAAACACUCCAGUAUUGUGCGUUUGGUCUGAUGUUUUAACGACGGAUUGUAUCUGCACAAUGUUUUGAUGCGCAUUCUGGGCGCGCGCUUCAUCAGACGGAUUAUUGAUCCUGAUUAUCUCGCCUAUUGCUCUCCACGGGACUGUGUGUGCAUUAGAUCUGAAGAUCUGCAUCUAGGCUUCAGUCCAGCACCAUCACAGGAUGGCUGAUGAGAGUAACAGCGCAGAAUGCAACAUCAGGGUGUUGUGUCGUUUCAGACCCCUGAAUCAGUCCGAAACCCUCCGUGGAGACAAAUACAUCCCCACAUUUCAAGGAGAUGACACUGUUAUCAUCGGGGGCAAGCCGUAUGUCUUUGAUAAAGUGUUUCCGACGAACUGCACGCAGGAGCAGGUGUACAACACCUGUGCCAAACAGAUUGUCAAAGAUGUUCUGGACGGCUACAACGGCACCAUCUUUGCGUACGGACAAACAUCGUCCGGUAAAACCUACACGAUGGAGGGAAAACUGCAUGAUCCAAACGGAAGGGGAAUCAUCCCGAGGAUUGCCGAAGACAUUUUUAACCACAUUUACAUCAUGGAUGAAAACCUGGAGUUCCACAUCAAGGUUUCCUACUUUGAAAUCUACAUGGAUAAGAUUCGUGACCUACUUGACGUGAGUAAGACAAACCUGUCUGUGCAUGAAGACAAGAACCGAGUUCCCUAUGUGAAGGGUUGUACUGAACGUUUUGUUUCCAGCCCUGAUGAAGUGAUGGAUGUUAUUGACGAGGGAAAAGCCAACCGUCACGUCGCUGUCACAAAUAUGAAUGAACACAGUUCCAGGAGUCACAGCAUCUUCCUCAUCAGCAUCAAGCAGGAGCACGUGGAGACGGAGCAGAAGCUCUGUGGGAAACUCUACCUGGUGGACCUGGCCGGCAGCGAGAAGGUGAGUAAGACGGGAGCGGAGGGAUCGGUCCUGGAUGAAGCCAAGAACAUCAACAAGUCUCUGUCGGCGCUGGGAAACGUCAUCUCGGCUCUGGCCGAAGGCACCAAGACUCAUGUGCCGUACCGGGACAGUAAGAUGACGCGGAUCCUUCAGGAUUCUCUGGGCGGAAACUGCAGGACCACCAUGUUCAUCUGCUGCUCACCUUCAGCCUUCAACGACGCCGAGACCAAAUCCACCCUGAUGUUCGGACAACGCGCAAAGACCAUCAGGAACACGGCGUCUGUGAACCUGGAGCUGACCGCAGAACAGUGGAAGAGGAAAUAUGAGAAAGAGAAGGAGAAGAACAAGAACCUGAAGGAGAACAUCCAGAGACUGGAGGCGGAGCUUAACCGCGGGCGUGACGGGGAGUGUGUGUCAGCGCUGGAUCUCAUGGCUGAGGAGUCUGAUGUCAGUGAAGACAACCAGAGCAUCAGUGUGUGUGUGUUAAACCCCGGGGAACACAAGCUCAAAUAUGAGGAGGAGAUACGCAAACUCUACAAACAACUGGACGACAAGGAUGAUGAGAUUAAUUUACAGUGUCAGCUGGUGGAAAAACUGAAGGAGCAAAUGCUGGAUCAAGAAGAGCUGCUGGCCUCGUCGCGCGGGGACUGUGAGCGUGUGCAGUGUGAGCUGACUCGACUGCAGGCUGAGAGUGAGAGUGCGAAGGCCGAGGUGAAGGAGGUUCUGCAGGCGCUGGAGGAACUGGCUCUGAGUUACGACAUGAAGAGUCAGGAGAACCAAGACACGAGCGCUCAGAACCGACGACUGACCGAGGAGCUGUCGCACAAAACCUCGGAUCUCGUGUGUUUGGAGGCGGAGUUUUCCCGGCUACAGGAAGUGAACGCCCAGCACAGGAAACGCAUCACUGAGGUGAUGAACACCCUCAUGAAGGAUCUCAACGACUUCAGCUUCAUACUGGGAGACAGUGACCUCAGACUGCCGUGUGACGUGUCGUGUGUGUUGGAGGAGGAAUACGCCGUGGUUCGAGUGUUUGUGAGUAAAGUGAAGUCUGAGCUGAAGUCUGUGGUGAAACGCUGCCGAAACCUGGAGAACUUACAGUCCGACUGUCACCGCAAGAUGGAGGAGACCGAGAGAGAGCUGUGCUCCUGCCAACUGCUCAUCUCACAGCAUGAAGCGAAGAUCCGCUCUCUGACUGAAUACAUGCAGAAUGUGGAACUCAAGAAAAGACAAGUAGAAGAAAACUACGACUCUCUGAGCGAAGAGCUCGCUAAACUACGGACCGCAGACGGCGGUCAGGAGAAUCCGCUGGACAACGACGAGUCUGGAAACGGGAAGAAAGCAGAGGUUCAGCGUGAGCCCAAACAAAUGACGCUCGGACGCCUGCGCGACGACAUCAACCACAAACAGAAGAUCAUCGACGAGCUCAAAGAUGAUAAUCAGAGGCUGAACCUGCGUCUGGAUCAGAUGAGUGUCGAGUUCAGCGUUUUAAAGAACCGAGAGCGAGAGAAAUCCAGACAGCUGGAGGAGCUCAGAUAUCUUCAUGAACGACAGGAGCAAACCAAGCAGGACAUGAAGGGUUUGGAGGAGACGGUUGCUCGUGAACUGCAGACUCUCCACAAUCUGAGGAAGCUUUUCGUUCAAGAUCUCACGGCUCGAGUGAAGCGGAGCUCUGAGUUGGAUUCGGAUGAAAGCUGCGGAUGUUCAACACAGAAACAGAAGAUUUCCUUUCUUGAGAACAACCUGGAUCAGCUUACGAAAGUUCACAAACAGCUGGUCGGGGAUAACGCAGAUCUGCGCUGUGAGCUCCCGAAGCUGGAGAAGCGUCUGCGCUCGACGGCGGAGCGUGUUCGAGCGCUGGAGAACGCUCUGACCGAAGCGAAGGAAGGAGCGAUGAUGGACCGGCGCCGGUACCAGCAGGAGGUGGAGCGCAUCCGAGACGUCAUGAGGCUCAGAAACCCCUUCAGGAGAACUCACGCUGCGCUCAUCGCCAAGCCGAUUCGCCCAGGACAUUAUCCCACCUCCUCGCCCGCCAAUCACACACUCACGCGCAGCAGAGAUCAGCCAAUCACGUUCAGCAAUGCGAUGUUCAACAGCGCCACUCAAAAACCCAAAUCAACAGAGUCCAGUUUGACCAACAAGACACAGUCAGCGGACGACACACACACGGACUCCACACACACACUGAACGGAAAUGGCCGAGAUGUGAAUGAUAACAGCGCUCGCUCUACGUCUGUCACUGCUGACCAAUCAGAGGAAAGCAUUCGUCAAGAGAAGCCCAUCGCCAGCUAAACACACACACACACACACACACACAGGCGACCUGUACUUCUCAAUUCUCUUCUCUGUAUAUUUAUAUAUGCAUGUUGCCUGCAGUUCCAGUGAUCACACACACACACACACACACACACACGUCGAGCUGCAUGCUGAAGAGCUUUCAUUCUCACGGGUCAUUCUCAGAAAACAGCAGCAGACUUUCAGGAACACUUUAAUUUAUCACUUUCUAUUAAAUAUAUUAGUAUCAAUAGUCAUUUUCUAACCAAUAAUAAUUUCUAAUCAUUAUUUUCUUAAAGAGCCAAUGUCCGUAUAUAAGAGAAAAUACUGAAUUAAAAUGCAAAUGAGCAGAUAUACUAAUGAAAAUCAGCGUUUCCUGAGAACGACCCAUGAGCCGACCGUAUGAUGCCGUUCGUCCUCGUCUACAUUACCGUGAGGUUAUGAUGGGAUAUUUUUAUGUAGCUGUAACUAUUUUUAUACUCAUAUUUAAAAGAGUUUUGGUUGCGAUUUCUAUGCAUUAUUUAUGUUUCAGUAACAAUGUAUAAACUUUUAGUUUUGAUUUAGUAGUUAAAUUACUUCGAGCUAUAAUAAACUCAAGAGAGUAUAAAAUUAAAAAUAAAUGAAAAGGGCAAUGGUGACUUUUUCUCCCACAAUUUUGAGUUUAAAUCUUACAUUUCUAAAAAGAAAGGUCAGAAUUGUGAGAUAAAAAGUUAAAAUGACCAUUUUAAUUUUAAUCGCAGAAACAAGCUUCCAUAAGAGAGACGCGUCACAUGACCAGUUUGUGACAUUAAAUAUUUAAGUGUAAAAGUCAGACAAUAAAAAUGUAUAAAUAUAUCUAGUCAACUCUAAGGAGAUCGGAUUGUUCCUAGAAUCAGGAUUUUAUUCUUCAUAAAUGGAGUUGAGAAAAUAUAAUCUUUACAUUUUAAACAUUCAGAUGUGUGAGAAACAACACAAACACGUCCAGACACACACACACACAAUUAAACACAUGAGCACAUUGACACACAUGCACACACACUAAAAAACAUGAGCACACACACACACACACGUGAUCAGACACAGUCACAUCAGUCAGUGUGAACUCUGAUCAAAUACGGGCACAUUCAUCUCUGUGUGUGUCUGGUCAGGUUGCUUUGAGUCUGACCUUUGACAUGUCAACACGUCGUGUUCUGAGGGUCAGGUUAUGAGAAACAUGUAUUUUCUGGCAACACUUUAAAGGUUCUGUGAUUCUUGUACAGUACAUCGUGCAGCCAGGAACAGGUUGAUAAGAUAAUGCAUUUAUAAAGAUAUAAUAAUGCAUAACAAUAUUGAUAUAUGUGGACCGCUUUCUGAGCGGUCUCAGUUACACGAGAUCUCAUGCGGUUUGUUUUAAAAGAGAUUCUGUGCAUAAAUGAUGGAUUAGAGGAAAUGUGCAGUGUGUUUGUUUUUUGUAGAGCAUGUUAAAAACUUUCCUCUAAAAAUAUUUCAAUAAAGAGAAUAUGAAUCAUGAA